GGGUCAUCCAGGAAGGCCUUCAGAGGAGCGCCCUCGGGGCAGAGACGCCAAGGACUGGGGCAGCUGUCCCUGGGCAUGGGGAAGGCAGACAGGAGCUUUGCACCUCAGGACCCUUGUUUAUUCAGGGGGGAGUGAGACCCGCGAGGUCACCCUGGGGUCUCACAGAGGAGGAGCGCUUGGCUCCCAGGCCAGGGACCGAGGCUAGGAAGGGAACCUACUGCCAUCAUCCAGGGUCAUCGGCUCUGUGCCACCCAGUGCCCACUCCCUGGACCCGCUGCCCCUGGCCCUACCAUGAGUGCAGAGUGCACGGACCAGGCCUGCUGGCAGCCCUCCCAGUCCUUCCCUCCCUGGGGGUCCCUCGCAGGUCUCGGCUGGUGCCUUCCCACCUCGGCACCCAGCCCAGCCCUGGGUUCAGCCUCGGGGGCGGGUCCCCAGCAUCCUCUUGGGACCCACUGGGCAGCUGAGAACAGAGGCACAGGGAGGGGCAGCCACCUCCCUGGACCUGUAACUAGCAGGAGUGUGAUCCGACCACGCACAGCCGUCUCUGGGCCGUGGGUGCCAGCCGGGGCCAGGUUCUGGGUCCCCAAGCCUCCCAUCUGGAGACAGAGCCAGCUCAGGUGGCUGAGACGCCCAUGUGGGCAUGAACGGCCAGUGGGCACAACCGGUCAGUGGUACAAGUGUGGACAACCCUCAGGAGCUGAGUCAGGUUCUCAAGGAGGGCUCCACAGGACAGUACCAGUGGCCAGGGCCAGGCUCCGUCUGGGCUCCUGCCAGGCCGUGGCCUCCCCUCUGGGCCUCAGCACCCCCAGCAGGCUAUGUUGCUCCAUCUGGCUCCAGUCCCCGGGUGGCCUUGUCUCCCCUCUGGUCAGGAAGCUCCGAGACCACCCAACCCCAUUCCCUCCUGGAGGCUGGGCCUUGUGGGUGCAGUGCCCAAGAGGACCACUUGGGGGCAGCAGCCACCAGCCUUUCCCAGGAGCUGCCUGGAGGUGAAGGGCCACCCAGGUGGUGAGCUCCUGGCCCUCCGGUCCCUCCAGCGGGGCUGGUGCCAGCCUUUGUCCUGCUCAGGGGACAACCACAUACAGGAGAACUACUGACACCCAGGUAAUUCCAGCUUCGGGGCAGUUCUUGGGGAACAGGGUCCUGGGCUCUGCCGUGGGCAGGCACAGGUAAGAGCCACAGCAGGAAGAGGCUGCAUUAACAGAGGUAUAGUCUUCAAAAGAAGGGAGUGUUCUCCCUCUACCUGGUGUGCACUGGGUCUGCUCUGAUGGCCGUAUUUUGAGGGAGAUUUGGGCAGACUGAAGUGUCUUGGAGAUGACAAAGAAUCUGGAUUCAGCGUCAUAUCCAGAGUGACUAAAAAAGUGAUGACAGGGGACAAGGUAACAAUCUGACUUGGAUGGUGCGAGCAGAGGCAGGAUGACCAGGCUGCAUCUCAGGCCCCGCCCCACAGCUGGCCCUGUUGCAGACCGGUCCCCCCAGCUGGCCCUGCUGCAGACCGGCCCCAAGAGCUGCGAGACUCCUGCAGCCCCAGGGACCCGUGGCCGCCCAGCAUGUCCCAGCGGCACUCGGACGGCGCUCUGGAGGAGAAACUGCUGGAACACCGCUUCCACUCCGAGCUGCGGCUGGACGCCCACGGGAACCCCGCGUCCCAGCUCCCUAUAGUCCGCGGCUCCCUGAGGUCCAGGACCGAUGCUGCCUUCGAGCCCGAGGCCUCGUCGCCCUCGGGGGACCAGGAGCCCCCACACAUCGUCCUCAGCACCCAGAGCCCCGCAGCCCUCAAGAAGGGCACCCAGCAGAUGAUCCCCAGGAACCUGGCCGUGGCCAGCAGGGCCAAGGCCCCAGCCCGCCACCAGAGCUUUGGGGCAGCUAUGCUUAGCAAGGAGGCCGCACGGAGGGACCCCCAGCUCCUCUCGGUCCCCAGCUUCUCCGUGGACGACAUGGACGUGGACGUGGGCCCCGUGGGGAUGCUGAAGCGAAACCUGCGGAACCAGUCCUACCGGGCGGCCAUGAAGGGCCUGGAGGACCCCCGCAGCAAAGAGGACGCCCUCCAUCUCAGCCCCAAGCUCCAGGCUCUGGCCGAGGAGUCCAGCCAGCCUCCCGCCCGGUGCCAGGCCAAAAAUAAGAGGACUCUAGGUCGGAAACGAGCGCACAAGGGCUCCUUCAAGGAUGACCCCGGGUUUUACCAGGAGAUCCGGGAGCGGGGUCUGAACACCACCCACGAGUCUGACGAUGACCUCCUGGACGAGCCCUCCAGCCCUGGGGGCACCCGGAAGGUGGACACCACCAUCGUGGUCAAGAGUUACCGGCCUGCCCAGAUCACCUGGAGCCAGCUCCCAGAGGUGGUGGAGUCAGGCCUGCUGGACAGCCUGUCCACUGAGGAGCGCAAAAGGCAGGAGGCCAUCUUCGAGAUCCUCACGUCCGAGUUCUCCUACCUGCACAGCCUGGGCAUCCUAGUGGCCGAGUUCCUGCAGUCCAGGGAGCUGCGGGCAACCAUGACGCAGACUGAGCACCACCACCUCUUCUCCAACAUCCUGGACGUGCUGGCCGCCAGCCAGAAGUUCUUCGAGGCCCUGGAGCAGCGCCAUAAGGCACAGGUGUGUGUGGAAGACAUCAGCGACAUCCUGGAGGAGCACGCCGAGCAGCACUUCCACCCCUACGUCGCCUACUGCUCCAACGAGGUCUACCAGCAGCGCACCCUGCAGAGGCUGACAAGCAGCAACAGCUCCUUCCGCGAGGUCCUGCGGGAGAUCGAGAAGAAGCCUGCGUGCGGGGGCCUGCCCAUGAUCUCCUUCCUCAUCCUCCCCAUGCAGAGGGUGACCCGGCUGCCACUCCUGACGGACACGCUGUGCCUCAAGACCCAAGGCCACCCUGAAAGAUACAAGGCCGCCAGCCGGGCACUGAAGGCCAUCAGCAAGCUGGUGAGGCAGUGCAACGAGGGGGCCCACACCAUGCAGCGCACGGAGCAGAUGUACACGCUGCACACGCAGCUGGACUUCAGCAAGGUCAAGUCCCUCCCCCUGAUCUCCGCCUCCCGCUGGCUGCUGAAGCGCGGGGAGCUGUUCCUGGUGGAGGAGACGGGGCUUUUCAGGAAGCUCGCCAGCCGGCCCACGUGCUACCUGUUCCUGUUCAGCGACGUCCUGGUGGUCACCAAGAAGAAGAGCGAGGACAGCUACGCGGUCCAGGACUAUGCCCAGAUGGACCACAUCCAGGUCAGGAAGCUGGAGCCCUCGGAGGCCUCUCUGCCGGGGGGUGGCAACCGCAGCUCCUCCGUGCCGCACCCCUUCCAGGUGACCCUGCUGCGCAACAGUGAGGGCCGCCAGGAGCAGAUCCUGCUGUCCUCGGACUCCGCGAGUGACCGGGCCCGGUGGAUCACAGCGCUUACCUACAAGGAGAAGCAGUGGAAGGGCCUGACCAACAAAGGAGAGCUGCCCCAGGUGGAGGUCACCAAGGCCUACUUUGCGAAGGAGGCGGACGAAAUCACACUGCAGCAGGCAGAUGUGGUCCUGGUCAUGGAGGAGGAGGCCGGGUGGCUCUUUGGAGAGAGGCUGCGGGACGGAGAGAUGGGCUGGUUCCCCGAGGACUUUGCCCGCUGCAUCACCAGCCGUGUGGCCGUGGAGGACAACGUGCGCAGGAUGGAGCGGCUGCGGGUGGAGACCGACGUGUAGGCGGCCCCCUGUGGCCCAGAGCCACCUGUGGCUUCUAGUCCCAGCCAGAACGUGGUCCUGGCUCCAGGGAGUCUGGUGGGACACUCCAGGGCCCCACAUGCUCCUGUGCUGAGACUCUGCCUGAGGAUCCCACCCUCCAAGGAAGAGCCUGGAGGCAGCAUCCCGCCCCCAGCCCCUGGCCAUCUGCCACCCACCUGCUGGGCACCCAAGGGGCAGCCACGCCCAGGCUCAGUGAUAGAGAUGACUGAAGGCCACCACCUGCCCACGCCCCUCCUGUCCCUGGUGACAGGCAGGCCUGAGUGCUGAGGGGCCCUGUCCUGAGAGGCGGGCUGCCAGACCUAAGGGCCAGCAGGAAUACUGUGACUUUGAGGUUUAAGAUGACAAUAAAGUGUUUCUUCAGAACUUGGA